UGUGUCCAAUAGAGGGCAGCAGAGCGUUAGAUUGUAACUUAGUUGAGACGUCUACCAGUUUUCUCUUUCCAUUCUUUCUCCCUCUGUUAGCACCCGCCCACUCCUACUAUCAGUUCAGUAAAAGUGAAACUCAUCACUUCCUGCUCAGUCUGGGUGUGGGAUUCAGCAAUUUUGUGCUAUUGUUUCUAACAGUAAGACUGUCUGUGAGUUACUAUUUGUGCAGAAAAAUGGCAGAAUCCAGUGUUUCUUUGGCUCAGGAUCAGUUCAACUGUUCAAUCUGUCUGGAUCUACUGAAGGAUCCAGUGACCAUUCCCUGUGGACACAGUUACUGUAUGAACUGUAUUACAGGCUGCUGGGAUCAGGAUGAUCAGAAGGGAGUCUACAGCUGUCCUCAGUGCAGACAGACCUUCACUCCAAGACCUGUUUUAGGUAAAAACACCAUGCUGGCUGAAGUGGUGGAGAAACUCAAGCAGACAAAACUACAAGCUGCUCGUCCUGUUCAAUGUUACACUGAAUCUGGAGAUGUGGAGUGUGACGUCUGUACUGGGGACAAAAACAAAGCCAUCAAGUCCUGUCUGGUGUGUCUGAACUCUUACUGUCAAAAUCAUCUGGAACAACAUGAGAGUUUCUUCAAAAAUAAAAAACACAAUCUGAUGGAUGCCACUGGACGACUGCAGGAGAUGAUCUGCCCUCAACAUGAGAAACUGCUGGAGAUUUUUUGUCGUUCUGAUCAACACUGUAUAUGUUAUCUGUGUACAAUGGAUGAACACAAAAACCACGACACUGUAUCAGCUGCAGCAGAGAGGACUGAGAAACAGAGACAGUUAGAGGAGACACAGAGAACAAUCCAGAAGAGAAUCCAGGAGAAACUGAAGGAGCUUGAGGAUCUGAGAGAGGCUGUGGAGUCUCACAAGCGCUCUGCACAGGCAGCAGUGGAGGACAGUGAGAGGAUCUUUACUGAGCUGAUCCACUCCAUUGAGAGAAGCCGCUCUGAGGUGACACAGCUGAUCAGAGAUCAGGAAAAGGCUGCAGUGAGUCGAGCUGAAGGACGACUGGAGCAACUGGAGCAGGAGAUUGAUGAUCUGAGGAGGAGAGAUGCUGAGUUGGAGCAGUUUUCACACACAGACCAUCACAUCCAUUUCCUCCAGAGUUUCCAGUCUCUCUCUUUUCCUCCUGGAUCUACAGACUCACCCAGCAUCACUAUCAGUUUUCAUCUCUCUUUUGAUGAUGUUGGUAAAUCUCUAUCUCAUCUGAGAGAGAAACUGGAGCAUUUCUGCAGAGAGGAGAUAGAAAAGAUAUCUGGUAAAUUAACAUACAUUAAGAUCUUUCCCACACCUGAGCUCAAGACCAGGGAGGAAUUUUUACAAUAUUUCCGUCAGUUCACUGUGGACAUAAAUUCAGCGAAUAAAAGAAUUUGUCUGUCUGAAGGGAACAGAGUGAUUGAAUACACUGACACAGUUCAGCCGUAUCCUGAUCAUCCAGACAGAUUUGAUGAUUUGUUUCAGGUGUUGUGUAGAGAGAGUGUGUGUGGACGCUGUUACUGGGAGGUUGAGUGGAGUGGUAAGGUAGGUAUAUCAGUGUCAUAUAGGAGCAUCAGCAGGAAGGGACAGGAAAAUAAAUGUGGUUUUGGACACAACAUUCAGUCUUGGAGAUUAUUUUGCUCUUCCUCCACAUGUUCAUUCCGGUACAACAAUAAAAAGACUAAACUCCCUGUAGAAGUUUCCAGCUCGUGUAGAAUAGGAGUGUAUGUGGAUCACAGUGCAGGAACUCUGUCCUUCUACAGCGUCUCUGACACAAUGACCCUCAUUCACAGAGUCCACACCACAUUCACUCAGCCUCUCUAUCCUGGGUUUAGAGUUUAUGAUUCAUUUGGAUCACAUAUUUCAAAAGUAAAACUGUGAGAAUUUAACUGUAUUGAUGGUACAGAGAUUAAUCAGAUGAAUUGAUGUUUAUUAAAAAAGAGUAGAAAAUGAAUGAAUGUGAUGAAUGUGGAGAAAUAAUAUUUGUAAUGUGCUUUAAUUUACUCACUUGCAAAUAAAACAAAUUAGAUGCA